UUACAUUUUUGCUUCAAGGUUAUUCCCAGUUAUUACGGCAGCAGUAGCACUUUGAAUUCAUUUUAAUUACGAAAAUUCGGUCUAAUUGGUAUUUAAUUUAUAUUUUUGCCGUGCGGAACGUGCCUACCCUUAUUAUAUGAGUGUUUUAAGACUGCUAUUAGUUCGUGACUCAACUGUUUAAUCCGAAGAUCAUCAGUGAAGUGAUUAUGAAAAGGAGGCGCUGUAAACAAACUUCUACGAAUCGUACAUUCACUCUUAAGUCCAAGGAUUCUAGUCAUCUAGCAUCGCAACAAUGUUACGACUCUUCAGUUGCUCCAGAGUUGAAUCCGCAAGUUAAUGUAGGUAGGAUCACAGAUUCUGCUCAGUCUAGUAACUCACCAGCCACCUGUUCAACUUGUCAGUCUCCCCAUCUAUCUGGUUUUUUUGUCUCCAGCUCUCCCCUUGAGACACUUUCAUCGAAAGAAUCAUGUCAUGUUCCUGAGUGCAGUCAAGUCCCACUCUCUCUUUCCUCGGAAUCCUUCUCUGUACAGAAUGGAAUCAACAGACAGGAUACUUACACGAUUAACUAUAAUGGUGUUAAAACACGUACAAAAGAGAAAGAAGGUCCCGAAUCAAAAGUUGCGCAGUUGGAUAGUAAAUGUGUGGCAAACUCAAGGAAGAGGAAAUUCCCUCGUUCUUUAUCUGAUACCAUCCUAACAAUUAAGCAUCAGUGCUGCGUACAUGGUAAUAUCAUUCCACUAGAGUUUUUACCUCGUCAAAAGCCUCUGAUUGAGGGUAAUUCAAAUUUUAAAGUAGUCCAACAUAAUGAAUCCGAUAGGAAUUCACUAGUUGACGAAUCGCCUGAAGCAAAUGAAAGACACUUUGAACGAAGUUCAGGUGCCAGUUCAAGCCAAGUUUCUGUUAUCAAAUCCUCAUUGGUAGCUGAACCCACUUAUAAACACAAUACUAAGGCCAUUUCUAGAGCGAGUAGCACAUGCCGGAAAGUUUCUGUCAAGGUUACCAAACUUUCCUCUCGAGACAUUUCUGCAUAUACCACCAGCCUAUCAACGCAUUCUAGUUCACCAGCAGUUUCACACAAGACUGAAGCAACUUCUCCAAAAUCAAAGGUAAACUCUAAUAUAUGCACUUCACUUUCAAAUUCCUCAGCCUUAGAUCCCUCUGGUAGUCAUGACUGUAAUAGAAAUACUAGGUCAGACAAACUGUCUCCUUAUCUUAGUGAGGACUCUCUUUUUCGCAUUGCCAGCCAAGGCAAAGCGUGUAAUCAUUUCAUUUUAAAGCUCAAAGAGAAUAACAAUGUCCAAACUAGCACUCAAAAUUCUCCAUGGAAGAAACUGCAAAGCUCUCAAUCGUUUUGCCACUGCUCAGCAACGCCUUUCACUUCCACACUCAAUUCAGUCAAAAAAAGUCUUCGUUCCUUCCACAGCAAAUCAUUGCAUCAAGAAUCUCAUCAUAAUGGAUUCAUUUUAAGUGAAACUUCAACUGGUAAACUUCAUCCUAAUCUUCCUCCUACAGCCAAUGUAUCAAAUGUUCUUAAUCAAGCUUAUCUCAUUGAUAGUCUUAAAGAGGUCAAAGAUGCUUCAGGUUCUCGCUUUUGCGAAUCAGUUCAAGAACUGAGAAAGCAAAGCCCAAGUAAUUCUGAUCAUGUAGCAAGUCUCUGUUCAGACGAGGGUUCUAAAUCAAUGCAUAAAACCUCAAGCAAUAUUCGUAAUUCAUCAACAAAUAGCAGCAGCUGUAUAAUUGAAAGUUCUAUGGUUCUUGGUGAAGCCAUUCCCUUAAGAGGAAUGAACCCAGCCCCCUCAAAUAUCCAAGAUACCGAAAAUUUAUUGACUAAAAAAAGUGGACAGCAAAACAAGCCUCUAAUUAAUGUCGAUGGAGAAUUGAAGCUAGCAUCAAACAAGCCAAGUAUUUCCUCUCCUAAAACUAUCUCCCCUCUAAGAAGAAAGGGCAAUCUUUCAACUGAGCUUGGAAGUAAGAAGAAAAUAUCCAGGCGCAAAAAAAAGAAACUUUAUUUAAGACAGAAAAUUAGACAUCGAAGGGAAAUCAAGAAAAAAAAAGAAUUUGAAAGACUGGCAACCAUAUCUUGUACAAGGAACUUAAGGAAGUCUUUCAGGCUUAAGGACUGCUCUGUUAUUUUGGAUGUUUCAUCAACGAAAAACUGCCCUAAUUUAACAUCAACUUCAAAGGAAAAUCUUUCUCCCAACAAUAUGACGUCCAGUCGUUCUCCUCCUCAUCGUGCACCAACCCUAUCUAAAGACCAUUCAAAGGGGAAAUCAAUGCUUCUGCUACGGGACUUAAAAUAUUUUUGCGUUAAUGUCCAUCAAGUCGAUGAAAAUUUUUUAGAUUUUCAUGGCCUGUUACCAACUCUGUGUGUGAAACCGUGUGCCCCUCAGAAACGGAAAAGGGAAUCAAAUCUCCCUGAUUGUUCUGAUUUCAUGGUUAAUUGCAAACGACAAAAGAUGGGGCCCUCAUCUGAGUGUAAAAGAGAUGAUUCUCCAAAUAAGCAGCUCAUUACCACUUCAUUGAAAGACUUUGAGAAUUCAGUGCCUUCGGAGGGUUUUUUUCUCAGAACUACCACUCCCAACAAUGCUAAAAAGAACUUAUGCCUAUCUGCUACAAAGAAGUUCCAGCGCACUGAGGCAACGACUCUACAAAGCAAAGAAGAAAGAGGGGCGUCAACAAAUACAAGUUCUCCUGUUGGUGGUGAAAAUUCUAUGCACACCUCCAGUAGUCCUGUUGUGAAGCAGGAAGUUGAAACGCAACUUACAGAAGAUUCCUCAUCAGAUGAAAGGGAAAAAUCAUAUUCCACAGAGACGAUCGAGUGUGUUGAAGCUGGUUUAAUGCAUAUAUCUCCACCAAUUUCAGAGAACCUAAUAAGUGCUAUCUGUGGACGUUGCAAUAAAUUGAUCCCGUAUGGAACAGCAGAAACGAUGGUAGUGUCUGAAGAAACUAUGUGGCCAAAUAAUAAAGUACCUCUCUGUGCCACCAAGAGUUGUAACGGAAGACUACUUUACUGGGGCAUUUUUAAAGCGCAGCUGAUGUUGAAAACAAUUAAAGGAGAGUACCUCAUCGCUCAAAUUAAUGACCCAAAUGCGGAGAAAUUUUUUGGCUGUUCUGCGGCGCAGUUUUUCGAAGAUCCAGCUCAUAAGAAGCGAAUACAAAAACGAAUCUCCGAAUUGCUCUUGCUUAAUAAAGGAGCUGAAGACAUUAUCAUGAAAAAGUACACCCUGAUUAAGAUCAGAAACGGAAAUGAAUUGAGGAUUCGUAUCCUGCACACCAGUUUAUUUGAACCGUAAAAAUCAUCACCUUCGUUUAAGAUUAAGGCUGCUGGGGAAUCAAGUAGUUGGAAGUUGAUCAACUUUUUUGUUACCAUUUAAAUUUGUGUUUGAUAUUGUUUUUUGUUAUUUUUUUGGUGUUGAUGGUUCAAAAUCUGAGCUAAUCGCUACCAAAUCAGCAGUAGUAGGUUGAAUAACUCAAUAAUGUUUAGUUUUGCUUUUCUUGCUGUUGAAAGUCCUAAAAUCUGCAUUUGAAGCCUUUUAUGUAAUACUGAUGGAUAGUGCAUUUGAAAUCCAUUAUUUUUACUUAAAUGGAUUCAUUUAUGUUGUUCCCUUAGUUUUUUAUGAAACAAAAAUGCAAGUCAAAAAUUAAUGUUUAAAGGUAAUCACUUAAAUGGAUUGAAUCUAGUAGGAAGGAACCAACGCAGUCACAAUAUUGUUAAAAUUGUGCAAAUUUAUUUUCCUCUCAAAAAGACCCAAAAGCUCUAAUCCUUUCGGUUUUCUGCCAAAAAAUUGUCAAUUUUAAAAGAAUACAACCCUGAAAAUAUCGCCCAAAGAACAUGCACUCGACUUUCUGAAAGUGUUGAAAAUUUGUCUCGAUUUUUACAACACUCUAUAUGUGUUGGUUCUUUUCCUCUAAAGUCGGUCCAAAUCAAGUGUCCCAUGUCAUACAUUUUUGCAGCUUCUGUGAUAUCAAUAUGAACUAGUGAUUUUAAUUUUUAAGAAACUGAGACUUAUUUUUUAUUGUUAAAUGUUCUAUUAUUAUUUUUUUGCCAAAUACUGAAUGUUCUUGUUACAAAUGUAAUGAGGAAAAACAAUUUCUCAUGCGAAAGACUCCCAAAAAUUGUAAACACCCAAAAACACCUAUUCAAUCCUUGUUGACAGCAGUUGUAUGUAAGCAAGUAGGUAGAAAAAUAGCUGUAAAUGAAGACAAGGCAAUUGCAUUAUUUGUCAUUUCAGUACAGGCUUGCCACUGGCAGCUAUGAGGUCAGUUAAGAAAAUAUGCUUCGAAAAUUCUAUGAAAAGAGGGAGUACGAGUGAGGGGUGUGUUUUGUUACUGGGCAUGAAAGAAUAUGGACCUAAAUCGCAGAAACGCGCGUGUGAGGGGGGGGGGGUCGAAAGAUUGGAAAUUUAGCUUUACGUAUUUUAUGAAUGGCCUCUUAUAUGUAGGUAUUUACUUACCUACAGUUGUGUAACUUAGAAAGCUGAAUGUUCAUGUAUUACAAGUUUGUCUUUUUCCCUUAGUUCCAUUUUUUGUCAGUCAUGCCUAACUCAUACCACAGUGUGCCUUAUCGUCAUAAGAAAGAAAAGCACCUGAAUUCCCCCAAGGGUAGAAUUAAUAGGAAAUGGCUGCCUUCACAAUGGGAAUGGAUUUUGCAGUUACGAACUAAAUCUUUUGGCUCUGAUAAAAACAACAUAUUUUCCAUUAGUUUCCCUACAGACAUACGUGAUUUUACGGAUGAGCCAGAAAUUUUAGUUCUUAAUUGCAAAAUGUAGUCCAAUUAACUGUCAUGUAGACCGAUUAAAACGGAAUCAGCCUAACUACCAGUAGGGUUUUUGCAAGUCAGCAAUACUGUUGUUUUUUCCUCCCUUUAAAUCUAUUAAAAGUAUAGAUUUCAGGAGAGACCUCACCAAGAAUCGGUCGCUUCACUUAUUUUUAAAUAGAGGAAAAACAGUCUUGCCAACUUUCAAGAAUCGCAUUGUUGUCUUAUUUCCUUUGAUGUUCCAUCAUUUAAACAGAAAAUUAUGCAACACAAAUAUUUGAAAUUUUGUGAGAAUACUCUUCAUAAUCUGGGAUGAAUAUUCAGAAAGUUGAAUGGUGUUAAUUAGAUUCCUUUUCAGUUAAAAAAGGAAUACAUGAGAGUACCUAUUAGGACAAUGUAAAAUGUAGUUAGAUUGAUUAUGGUUAAAUCCUGCAGUAUGGAACUUGAUAUUGUGCCUUAAAUAGAAAGCAUACCUGAACUGUUUUUUCUAAAUCUUCUUAGUUUUUAAAAUCGUGGGUUUGCUUACUUCUAGACUAGGUACACCUGUAUGAUUUGAAAACUUCAAAGAUUUUCAUCCCCAACCAAACAUUUCAUUUCUAUCAUUCAUGUGAUUCAGGUUUUUUUUUGUAAAUCUUUGCAUGGACUAUCGAAAUUCUUAGGAAGACCAGACAUUUUUUUUUUUAAUUUCACUCAAUUAUAUGCAAUAUAUUUUUAAGCAUGAUUUACCCAGGCUAUACAAUGCUUUUUAUUGAAAAGUUCAGUCAAUCAUUGUGGAAUUGGAUUGGAUUUGUGUCAUUCAUCACUGUCUGGAACAAAAGAAAGAGAAUAAAAGAAAAGGUCAUUUUCAUAUUGUUAAAGAUAAGCCAAGAAGUUUUUUUUUCUUUUUAUUUUUUUUAAAAAUAGAUGCGCGCAUAUUACAAGAGUGAAUAUGAACAAUUUUCAAAUUUAAAUAUACCAGGGAAAUUUCAGUUGACUGUCUAAUCAAUGAAUACCACUUUUCCAUGAGUUUUGUACUUUUUCAUCAAUCAUAUUAUCCUCAAAGAUCUUUUAUUUUAAUGUUAAUGGUAAAUUUUUCUUUGUAAGUCUACUACCUGAUAGUGGAUCUGGUGUUUUGGUUACUUUUGGUUUUAACAAUUGAUAGAGUUCUACAGUUCGGAACUAUUCAUUGUCAUUAAAACACCCUUAACAAUAAGAAAUGACAUCUCCAAAACCUUAAUGAGAGGUAAAAUUGGAUGAAAAAUCAUGUAAUGUAUUUUCAUGUCAGGUUUUUUUUAAAAAAGAAAAAUUUCAUCGAGUCCUUUGUAAUGAAAGGAACAGUAAAUUUUUCCUAAACAUUCUGUGUGAAUUUAGUUCAGUAGGAGGUAGAAGAAUCAUUGAUAUUCAGUUAUUUUGUUUUUUUCUCUUCUCUGAGAAGAUCAUUUCUCAGGUUUUUUCACUCUUCUCUUCAGAUCUUCAGAUACUGUUAACUUGUCAGUGGAAUACGGGUGAAAUGGAAACUCGUGGGAAGGCGACUCUCCAAGAAAUAAUUUGUCUUGAGCUUCGUUUAGGCUUUGCAAUAUUAUCAAAUAUUUAUUCAUCUUUUAAUUGAAGGAGUAUAUUCAAUUUGCAUUCUUAACUAUCAUGUUGGUACUGCUGAGUGUAUUUCCUUGUCAUGCUGACUGAACACUAGGUAACUAGCAGUUUUUAUGGCCUUCUAUUUAAGGUCAAAAUUGAAUUUUCAAGACAAUACCUAUCGUCAGUUUUCUUGAGUUAUUGUUGAAUCUAAAAUAAAGAUGUUUUCAAGGUCAUUGCUCGAAAACAUAGGUAACUCUAUUGCUGGACCCUUUGCCUGCUAGCUGAAGGUUACCAUUCAAUAUCAUAGUGCAGAAUUGCUGUCUGAAGUCGAAGUAGACUUUUCAAAGCAAUGUUCCAGCUGUCUUAAUGAAACAACAAUGAGUCAUCUCUCAUUGAAUACUUUUGUCUGAAGUAUCCAAUAAGGGGUAAAAAUGUUUUAUUCCCAUGAAUGAUUUUUGCCUUGUAAUUUGUGAAAAAUUCGUUUGAAUCAUCAGUGUCCAUUCCAAUGGAUUCUAUUAAGAAAACUCCAUAAGUAAGGAUGUGAUUUUUUUUUUUUUUUUUUCCUUUUUCUCUUUUUUCCCAGCUUUAUCCCUCAAAAUAAUUAUAGUUUUCGAAAGUAUCAUAAAUAAAGCUAUAUCUUCUCUCUACUUUAAUUAUUCUACAAGAAUUAAUGCUAUUUGAAUGCUCGUUUACCCAAAUGUGUUCAGAAUGGUUCAUGAACCCAUCUUUUGUGAAAUUUCAACUGAUCCUGAAUCAGUGGUGCUGGCACCUACCAGUGUGACAAUUUUCUAAGAUUUAUUUUUCUUAUGUAUUUUCUUUUUUGUGCUAAGACUUAAAUGAGCCUCUCAUAAGCCUCUCAUUGUUUAGCUUCAAGGUCUCUGAUCUCGUUUGUUUUAAAAGUGUAGAUAUUUUAUGUUUUUUCAUUGAUGUCUUCCCUCUCAUUGUUCUCUCUAGACAUUCUCUCUUUCCUUUCCGACCAGGUUAAGGGUCCAAUUUUUUGUUUUUUAUCUCCUUACUUUGAAACGAAAUUUUCAGGUCUAGGAUAAUAUUCCAGACACAAACUAGUUAAGGAAAAAUGCAAGGGAGGUUUUUUUUUUGUUUUUUUCAAUUGAAAUGUACUUAAACUUUCCAAAAACCUCAGCCUAGAAUGAGUAAGCUCUAUCUUAAAUAAUUUCUUUGCUUUUGAAUUGUUUCUUAUCGUGUUACCUACCCAUAUUUUGAAUGCAAAUCUAUUCCUCUGAAAUUGUGGCAAAACGUAUUAUUUCAUCAAUAAAUUUGAAAAAUUCUGA